AUGAACAAAUCUUUUUUUUUAAUCGUGUCCUACUUCUUACUUGUUGUUCAUUUUAAUACUGCAAGAGCACAGCGCAGUCAAGAUGAACUUUCUCAUGGGUACGUUAAUCUAACAGGAAGUGAUGGCAACAUAACGAGGGGGAUAGUAACCCUACAUAAGGAUAAAUCGAAAGAAAAUAAAUUAAUAAAAAGGUCCUUUCUUCAAUAUAACACUUUAUCAAAUAGAUCAUCAUCAUCACCAUGUGUUGGCGAUGACUGUUUUUGUCAAAAUUUUUACGAUUUGACUUUGAUUAUAGAUGAAUCUGGAAGUAUAGGAACUACAAAUUGGGAAAAAUAUGUCAUCCCAUUUACCGAAAAAAUUAUAAAGGAUUUAUAUAUUAGCAACGAUGAUGUACACGUAGGAAUUUUAUUGUUUUCCAUUUCUAAUAGAGACUACGUUACCUUUGAUGAUAAUGAAAGCUAUGACAAAGAUGCACUUUUGAAAAAAGUAGAUAAACUAAAAAAACAAUACGCUGCUGGAGGUGGUACCAAGAUUGUUGAAGCUUUAAAGUAUUCUUUGGAAAAAUACACAUACCAUAAAAAAGGAAGAAAGAAUGCUCCUAAAGUAACAAUACUUUUUACUGACGGAAACGAUAGUUCUUCAAAUAGCUCUAAGCUCCUUGAUAUGGGAUUGACAUACAGAAAAGAAAAUGUUAAAUUACUAGUUCUCGGUGUUGCAUCAGCGUCAGACAUUAAUUUGAAAUUAAUAGCUGGAUGUAGUGAUAAGAAUGCUCAUUGCCCCUAUUCUAUGAAAGCGGAAUGGGAAACUAUAAAUGAUAUAACGAAAAAGUUAACUAACAAGAUAUGCCACACAGAACAGGAGGAUGAUUCUGAACCAGAAGAGGGGGGAACUGCUGCCCCUCAGCCAAACCCAUGCCAAGGUGAUGACUGUUUUUGUGAAGACUACUAUGAUUUAACUCUAAUCCUAGAUGAAUCUGGAAGUAUAACCCUAAAUAAAUGGAAAGUUGACGUUGUCCCAUUUGCAGAAAAGGUUUUAAGUAAUUUGAAUAUAAGUAAAAAUAAUAUACAUGUAGGAAUUAUGCGUUUUGCUGUUCGAGUAGUAGAAGAUGUUGGUUACGGCCAAGAAACAAGGUACGACAAAAAUGCGUUAAUAAAUGUAGUUAAAGGACUGAAAAACAAAUAUGGAAGUGGAAAAGGAACACACAUUGUAGAUGCUUUAGAACAUUCACUGGCAAAUUUUACAAGACAUCCAAACAACAGGCCAAAUGCACCUAAAGUAACGAUUCUAUUUACGGAUGGGAAUGAAAAUCAUAAACGUUCCAGUGACGUACGAGAUAUAGGAUUAAAAUAUAGAAAGGAAAAUAUAAGACUAAUUGUGGUAGGAGUUUACAAAGCCACCACAAAGAGUUUAAAAAUGUUGGCUGGUUGUAAGGAAAAUGAGCCCUGUCCGCAAGUUAUUAAAUGCGACUGGAACGAGUUGACUAGUAUAACAAAAGUGAUUACAGAUAAGAUAUGUGACAUAGAUUCUGGGGAACUUCCAGGUUCGUCCGAAAAUCCAGGCUCUUCAGGCAAUGAUACCAACCCAGAUUACACACCCUGCACCAAUUGGGACGAUUGUUAUUGUAAAAAUUUCUACGAUAUAACUUUAAUUUUAGAUGAAUCAGCCAGUAUAGGAGAUUUUAGAUGGAAUAACGAAGUCGUUCCAUUUGCGAAAGAAAUUGUAUAUGGUUUAAACGUGGGUUAUUCAACUGUGCAUGUAGGCAUUUUGCUUUUUGCUGAUUCGAGAAGAGAUAUUGUUAGAUUCACUGAUACAAUGAGAUAUGACAAAUCGAUUUUAAUGCAAAAAAUACAUGAUUUAAAAGGAGAUUACACAAAUGGAAAGAAAACUUUUCUUAUUCAAGCUCUAACAUAUGCAUUAGAAAGUUACACAAAAAACUCAAGUAGACCUAAAGCCCCUAAAGUAACAAUGCUAUUUACGGAUGGUAACGAUUCGAGUGAAUCAAACCAGGGGUUAUAUAAUAUUGGAUUGGCAUAUCGAAAAGAAAAAGUGAAAUUAUUAAUAUUAGGAGUUUCUAUGGCCGAUGAAAACAAGUUAAAGUUGUUGGCAGGAUGCACACGGGAUUCAAAUUGUCCAUUUGUGAUUAAGGUUGAGUGGGGACAGUUACAUAAUGUGUCGAGCGAACUUGUCAGGAGGAUAUGCAGCACGGGGCCUAUAAUACCUCCUGAGAUUACUCCACCUGAGGUUAGCUCGCCUGAGAUUACCCCACCUGAGGUUAGCUCGCCUGAGAUUAUUCCACCUGAGGUUAGCUCGCCUGAGAUAGAACCACCCAGUCCAUGCAUUGGAGAUGAGUGCCUUUGCCACAACAUCUACGAUUUAACUUUAAUUUUAGACGAAUCAGCUAGCAUAGGAAGUUCUAAUUGGAAAAAACAAGUGUAUCCCUUUGUGGAGAAACUUGUAAAACAUUUAGAAAUUUCGGAAAGUAAAGUUCAUGUUGGAAUUAUGUUAUUUGCGAAACAUAUGAGAGAUUUUGUUAAAUUUUCGGAUAAAGAAAGUUAUGAGAUGAAUAGUUUAAUGAAAAAAUUCCCUGAUUUAGAAAAGACGUAUAAGGCUGGAUCUUAUACAUACAUAGUAGAAUCUUUGCAACACGCAUUACAACAUUAUACCAAAGGAGUAAAUAGCAGGUUAGAUGUACCCAAAGUUACCAUAUUAUUUACGGAUGGCAAUGACAGUAGAUCUGGAGAUGAUGCUUUAUCAAAUGUGAGUUUAUUGUAUAAAAAAGAAAAUGUAAAAUUAUUGGUAGUAGGUGUUGGAGCAGCAAGUAUGCAUAAGUUGCGAUUAUUAGGAGGAUGUCACAAAACGGAAGGAGAUUGUCCAUUUGCUAUAAAAAUAGAAUGGGAUAAACUAAAAGACAUAUCAAAAGGAAUGGUUGAUAAGAUAUGCAACACAGAGGCAGAAAUAGAAACAACACCGGAAACGGAAACGACUCCAUGUGAGGGUAAUGAUGACUGUUUUUGUAAAGAUUACUUCGAUUUGACAUUUAUUGGUGCUCCAUCGACAAAAAAAAAUUAUAAAAGGAAAAAUGAACUUACAAAAUAUGUUACAAAAAUUAUUAACAAGUUUAAUAUAGCGAAGCAGCAUGUGCAUGUUUCACUUUCUAUCCAUUUGAAAGCAAAAACUGUGAAUACCGAUUUUAAUGACGAAAUAGCUCAUAAUAAGAAGGAAUUAUUAAAAGUACUCGAAGUGAUGGAUAGUGAAAAUUUGAAUAACAAAACAAAUAUUGCAGAGGCUUUAGAGGUGGGUCUCAAACAAUCGUUUUCAAAUGGUAAUAGGGGGAAAGCACCUAAGAUAGCGAUAUUACUAACAAAUAGUAACAAUGAUAUAUCUGAACAAGCCAUGUUACAAAAUAUUUCCAAAAAGUAUGCAGAUAAAAAAGUUAAACUUUUAGUAGUAGGUGUAGGUAAAUUGCCAAAGGAAAUAUUAUUUAUAGCAGCUGGAUGCAAUUUAGACAGCAAUGAGAAUACAUGUCCUCAUGUGUUUAUAUCUACUGGAUUUUCAUAUAUAAAUAGCGUCGAAAAGUUUUUAAAAAAGAAUGUAUGUGACAAAGUAGGUGAUGAUGGAACACAGCAGGUUAAUCCUCCAUUACCUGAUCCAAAUGUUCCAUGUGAUGAUGACGAAUCGUGUGAAGAAUGUGAUGAUGAUGUUUGCAAUAAUAACCCUACAUGUAAAAAAGCUUUCGAUAUAGCAAUCGUUCUAGAUCAAUCACGUAACAUUAGUAACGAACAAUGGAAAAUGUAUGUGAAGCCUUUUACUAUACAUACUGUUAAACAGAAUUACUUGUCAAAAUACAGAACACAUGUAACAAUAGUAAAGAUGAGCAGAACGGCAAAUGUGCUUUGGAAGUUGGACAGGAAAGUAAGCUAUAAAAAGAAUAAAAUGAUUAAAAGGAUAAAAAAAUUAAUAAAAUCUUCAUCGAUUAAAAAGGACAUAGCAAAUAAUUUAAAAUAUUUACGAGAAAAGGUAUUCAAUAAGACGCCUUCAAAUAAAAGAAAGCUAAUCAUCAUGCUAGUUGAAGGAAAAUCAAAUACCGAUUUGAAUGAAUUACGAAGAGAGAUUGAACUACUGAAAAUAAACAAAAUUGACAUAUUUGUAUAUGCAAUAGAUAACAUAGAUGAGAAAGAGUACAGAAUACUUGGAGACUGUGAAAAAAGCUCAUCAUCAUCAUCAUCAUCCGUGGUAUGUAAAAAUAUAGUGAAGGUAACGUGGGAUAAAUUACUACCAGCUGUAGAUAUACAUAACAAUUAUAUCUGCAAUCAAUAUCCUGAAGAUGCAGAAUGUUCUGAGUGGGGUGAAUGGAGCCCAUGCCAAGAAGCGUCAUCAUGUGAUAACUUAGCUGUUAGUAAGAGAGAAAGAAAAGGGCCACCCUACACAGUAAAGGAAGAAGGAUUUCUUGGAGAUAUGCAUGGAAGUUCGUGUGUGGAUUUGGGUUCCAUUGAAUAUAGAUCGUGUCCAAUAAAAGAGGAAUGCAAUGACAUUUGUGGAGAUUUUGGAGAGUGGAGUCAAUGUAAUGCAACUUGUGGAGAUGGAAUAAGAACAAGGCAUAGAGAUACAUCUUCAUCAUCCUCUGAUGACGAGUCGUGUACAGUAUUUAACGCAACCGAGGUUGAAGCAUGUAAUAUUCAGGAUUGUGAUUCUACAGAAGUAUGCGAAGAUGUUGGAGAAUGGAGUGAAUGGACCGCUUGCUCAAAAACAUGUGGAUACUCUACUAGAAGAAGAACUUUUACUAUUUUUCCCGAAGAUAUAGACGAAUAUGCUGAUUGCAAAAAUUUUAAAAAAACUGAAAUGGAAGUGUGUUCAGUUCCAGCAUGUGAAGAUGAAAAAUGUUUCGAAUGGGAAGAAUGGACUGAAUGGUCAGCUACAUGUGGGCCUAGAAAGAGGGUUCAAAGGGCACGUCGAUUAUUCACACGAGUGAGCAGUGGUACUGGUGCUAAUAAAACUGGUGUAGCAACAUAUCCAGCAGGAUUUACAUUGGAUUCAAGAAAUGAUAAUAAUGUCAACAACCCAUCUGACGAAUGCGAGAUUCACUAUGAGAACAAAAUCGAACGUGAUGAUGAAUCUGCAUCUUCCCCCCCGUGUACGAAUAAUCCAUGUGGUAGUUGGUCGGAGUGGUCAGAAUGUGAUCGUACUUGUAAUACUGGAAUGAGAACGAGACGCUUUAUUUCGAAUGUAACUGAUUUUACAGGAGAUGAUAAGAGUUUGUGUUUAGAAUAUCACAACGAAAUAGAAACGGAGCCAUGUUUGAACUUGCCUCUAUGUGAUGAAGGAGAAUGCAAUGAUUGGGAAACAUGGGUUGAAUGCAAAACAGAAGAGAGCCCAUCGUCGUCAUCAUCGUCACUAUCACCAUCGUCAUCUUGUCAUGCACCACCAAGGAAAAGAACGCUAACGAGAAAAUUAGAACUACUGAAAAAUAAAAAAGAGAAUACAUCAAAAAUUUGUAAUGAUUACAAAUUAUUUAGAGAAGAAGAAUGUCCUGUGUUCGAUAAUGCCGCCCCGUGCAUCAAUGCCUUAUGUAAUGAAUGGGAAGAGUGGGAAGAUUGCUCAGCAACUUGUGGCAAGGAAUCAUUCAGAAUUAGAAGGAGAAAAGAGCCCCUAGAACUCAUACCUCCAUCGGAAGAUAUGAAUGGAAAUAUGGGUUUAACCUGUGAACAGCAGAAUAUAAAAAUUGAAGAAAAGGAAGCAUGCAACGUUCCAGAUUGUGGGACACCUGGUGCAGGUAAUGGGGGAGGCAAUGGUCAAAACAACAAUAAUUCUAAUGGAGAAGGAAGUAGUAAAGGUAUGGGAACGGCAGAAAAGGUUUCACUAGCUGCAGGAGUAAUAGGAUUAGCAGCUUUAGGAGUAGGAGGUUUGAUAUAUGGUUAUAAUGCCUUAAGUGGAGGAGAGGUACCGCACAAUUCCAACAUGGAAUUCGAAAAUGUUGAAAGUGAUGGUGGAGAGGUGGAAAAAUCCAAUGAAGAUUUUGAAGUAAUUGAUGCAAACGAUCCCAUGUGGAAUUAA